AUGUCAAAUCUUACUUUAAGAAUCGAAGAUGCUACCGGAACAACAAAAAUUCUGCAAGGCAAGAGUGAUUGGCAAUAUUCUGAGCUUCUUAGACAUCUGCAGACUAUGUUUGGUGGAACCGAACUCACAGUCAUGUAUGGAAAUAAAUACAUCGGUCCGAACUCCCAAAACCUCACACUGCAGCAACUAAAUAUCACCAAUAAUUCAGUUAUCCGCGUUGUUAGUGUUCAAAGGCCUCAAAACCCCAACCCACCUGCUCCUGAACAGCCUCCAGUGCAAGCUCCUCAGCAAAUUUCUAUAGUCAUUGAAGACAAUGAAGGAACUAAAAGGACAAUUCAAGUUCCUCCAAAUCUGCAAUUUAAGCACCUCUAUGAAAGAUUCUUGCAGAUUUUUGGAAACCAAGAAUUGACAAUUAUAAAAGGAAAUAAGUACCUUUCUCUAACCAGCAAUGGUGAAAUAGACCUGCAAACAUUAGGAAUUGGUAAUAACUCUACCAUUAAAGUUAUGAAGCAAAUGGUUGGAGGUUUUAUAAAAUCCGAAAAUUAA